AUGCUAACAAUUUUCUUCGUUCGGGCCUCAUCUUGUUUAACAACGGGUAUAAAUACUGGCACAUGCAGUAACAUCUUCACUAUUCUUCUUGGACAGACGACAUUAGAGGAAAUAAUGCAGCUUCAAGUUUUCAUUCCUUUGUGCAUGGUCUUCUUGUGCGUUGUUGAUAGCCGCAGUACGGAUUUUCAACGACGCCGUUUUCCUCCAGGGUCUCGUGAAGUAACGACCGAGGAGCCCACUCCCACAGAGACCUACCCGUCUUCCCCAGAUGAAGUUCCUGAUGUCGACAUUCCAGAAAUUGAUUACGAAAACUGGCCAUAUGCAAUGAUGGAAUGUAAGUUACAACAAAAGUUGAUCUCUUCGUUUUUCUCAAAUAACCAGAAUAUAAAGAUUUUUUUUUCAAGCUUUUGGUUGGUAAAAUGUGUAACAGCACGACUUGUAACUGGGAGAUCACCAAACAAAAC